AUGUGUUCCAAUGGACGCUGCAUCUCUGAAGGGAGUCUGUGUGACAAGAAAGACGACUGUGGAGACAUGUCCGAUGAGAAGAACUGCAACGUGAACGAGUGUCUGAAUCGCAGAGUCAGUGGCUGCACACAGGACUGUCAGGAACUUCCUGUUGGAUACAAGGUAGGAAUCACCACUCUCGGGCUUUGAUAUGUAACUUGUACAACUGUACAUGGGCCAGUAUACUCAGAAUCAUAAUCAAGAUUAGGUUUCCUUUCCUCAGGUUUUAUAAGUUCUAGAUAUCCCGUCCUUAGUUAUGUCAUAGACAGAUUGAUAGGUGGACAGUUGUAACACACUGGAGGGUUUACAGGUAUUACCAAUAAUAAUGUAGCCAAAACAAUAAACAUUUUAAAUAAGUACAGAACCUGAGUUUAAUCAAGGAAACUUUAUUGUUUCUGAAAUGUUUUGUAUGAAUAAGCCUAUAACACAGCACUGGUAAAGUGCCAACAUUAUUUUGUCCUUGUUUUGAUUAUUUAAAUGAUUGAUUAUGUUGUGCCUGAGGCUAUAUUAGGCUUACCCACACAAGCUAAAAACACACAAACACAGUCAAGCAAGCAAGCACAAUCAAUCCAACACAGAGUAAGGUUAUACACACAGUACAGUAGUAUCCUAUCAUCAUAUUGUACACACACCUAUGCUAUGGAUACAAGUGAUGAAAGAUUAGUAAAUGGUUUUGGGGAGGCUUCCGUGCCAGCUGUUCAGGGGCAUGUUUGUUUGCUGGUCAAAGAGAAAGGCUGUGUCUCAAAUGGCACCCUAUUCCCUAGUGCACUACUUUUCACCAAAGUCCUAUGGACCCUAGAUAGGGAAUAUGGUGACAUUUGAGCCACAGCCAGAGAGAAGGACAGUUCUGCUGAGUGUUCUGAGGGGUGACUAUGCUAUUCUGCUGUCUGGCCUGGAUGCAGGGCACGGUCAUCGCUCCGGGGUGACCCCACAGCCAUCAGAGAUGUCAGAAUAACACACCCUGACCCUCACUUUGGGUUCUCCCCUUGCCCCCCUCCUGCCUCCCCCUCUUGCCCCCCUCUUGCCUCCUCCUUGCCCUCCUCUUGCCUCCUCCUUGCCCACUGCUCUCUGCAUUACAAAGUGACCAACAAGGACAGAGUAAAAAAGUAUUCACUGACCUGGCUGUCUAGAGACUGAAGCAUAACAGAGCUGGAUGACCAGAGAGCACAUCAACAGACACCCCUAGCUCAUUCAUCCGGCCUGAACAGAUAGAUCAGCAGAAAGGCCUGCAAGGUUAGAACUGUAGAUCAGAGAGGGAUUUAAGCAGGGGCCAGUAACAGCUGAUACAAGCACUUUGAGUUAUUUUGGGCUGGAGUUGCAGAAUGGCAGCAGUUUUCUUUUAUUUUUUGUUGUUCUUGCGCCAUGACGUUUGUCAUCAUACUGAUGCCAGUGUUUUUUAUUGGUCUUGUGUUAUUUUGUGAGUAGAUGUAAUGGCAAAUUGAGAAGUUAGAGUUAAGUGAGUGUUGUUAAAAGAAAAUGAUGGUGCAAUUGAAAAUUGUAGCUGAAUGUCCCUCUCUCUGCAAAGCAUUUACUGUAUCAACCAGCUGGUGCAAUAUCUUGAAUAAAUAGACUACAACUUGUUAAAUUUGUCUCAACUAAAAUAUGCUCCAUUACUUCUCUGUUCGUGUGAUGAUCAGUGCAAGUGUUGGACUGGAUUCCAGCUGAAGGAUGAUGCGAAAACCUGUGUGGACGUUGAUGAAUGUUCCUCCAGCCUGCCCUGCAGCCAGCGUUGCAUCAACACCUAUGGAUCAUUCAAGUGUCUGUGUGUGGACGGCUACGAAGCCCUGGAGCGCAGCCCCAACACCUGCAAGGCUCUCUCAGGUAAGGCUAUUCACGUCUUGGUAACUAGCUUGUAGUGUAUUAAACUGCUGUCUGUCGGAAUGGUUCUCUAGUGAUGUACAGUAUUUCACAAGAGAUGUUCUAAAGGAUGUUUACCUAUUUUCAGAAAUAUCAAGCUUAGUACUGUAGAAUACCGGUACUGUAGUCUGAUGGAAUGGUUCCAGUGACACAUUGGAUUCCAGUGUUUUUUUUUGUUGACCUUAUUCUAAAGGACAUUUAUGAUUAUGUUCUCUUCCUUUCAGUGGAGGAACCAUUUCUCAUACUGGCAGAUCAUCAUGAAAUCAGGAAACUAAGUGUGGAUGGAUCAAACUACACCAUUUUGAAACAGGUAAGAGGAAACCAUAUAUCUACAAGAUAUAGAAACCAUAUAUCUACACAAGUGAAAGUAUUUGUUUUAAACUAAUGCCAAAAUAUGCAUACAAACCUUAGUCUGUCUGUCACUCUGUUUUGGAAAGAUAAGACCGUCUCAGGGUAAAAUGACAGAAACCAGAAAAUCAAGUGCACACAAUUAGAUCUGUAACCGUAUCUGGUUUGCAUAUAUUUGUCCCUGUCAGUCAGAUUACCUUGCUACUACUCUGCCAUGUUGCAUUUAGUUAAGAUUUUACAUUUUAGUCAUUUAGCAGAUGCUCUUAUCCAGAGCGACUUACAAUUAGUGCAUUCAUCUUAAGAUAGCUAGUUGUCGUUGUCUUGUUUCACAUGUCCCUUAUUCAUCUGCUGAGUUUGACUGUUAAUAACACACUGUUAGUGUGUGUGUGUGUGAGAGAGAGAUUAAAUCCUCUCUAAUGAGUCAAACAGGAUCAUGAAAUGGAACCGUGAAACCCUAAUGGUGCAACAAUUAAGAUCCGUAUAGUGACGCAUCUGUUAUAACAAGUGGCCCACAAUCCUCAUUUAGCCCUAUUAAUACUCUCUGCCUGCAAAGUGAGUCAUUACGUAAAUCAGUUAAAUGUAGUCUAUUUAGUGUCUUUGUACUAAGUACUGACACUUUUUCGUAUAUCAUUGCCUAACUGGUAGCCUAGCAGGUAGCCUAGCGGUUAAGAGUGUUGGGCCAGUAACUGAGAGGUUGCUGGUUCGAAUCCCUGAGCCAACUAGGUGAAUAAUCUGUUGAUGUGUCCUUGAGCGACUUACCACUCAACCCUAAUUGCUCUGGAUAAAACCAUCUGCUAAUUGACUAAAAUGGAAACUGAUAAAUGUAUGGUAUAUUGCAUUUAGUGUCUUUGUGCAAAAUACUGACACCUUUUCGUGGAUCAUUGCCUAAGCUAAUUGAUACAUGUACGGUAUCUUGUUUGUGUUUCUUUAUAUUCAUUUCAAAGUGCUCCAGGUUACUUAGAUACAGGUAUAGUGAUUUUUUAAAAACAUUAGUCAUUUAGCAGACGCUCUUAUCCAGAGCGACUUACAGUUUGUGAAUACAUUUUUUUUUUUUUCAUAAUGGACUUUUUUACAGCAAAAUGUUCAGUAUGACCCCAAUACUUCACAUUCCCAUUUCAUGGGAAAUAUCAGAAGCAUCUUUAGCAGAGAUAUACUUGGUCUAGGUAGCCUUGCCUGACCUCGUUAUGAAGAGGAAAUGAUAGUUGAGAUGUUGUGUCAGAAGAGCCACAGCUGCUUACUACUUACAGUGAUAGCUGUACCUUGAGGCAUUACAUUACAUCAUUUUGUCAUUCUCCAGCUUGUCAACCUUCCAAUUUCAAUGUGAUUCUUCACUCGCCCUCCCUGUGGGGGAGUCGACCUGCUCGUGUUGAUUGGCAGUGGGAAAUAGUGUUAGCGAGGUCCCUACAGAGAAUCUAUUUCAAUCACGGUUAGGCCUCAUCACCACGGUCAUGUUAGCCACUUGAAUCCCAGGUUCAUUAUAUGAAUCACACACUCUGAGAAUAGAGUUUAACCUAGGGGAAUUCUAUAGGGGCCUAUUGAGAAUCAUCUCCUCCUCCUGACUCUGUUGAGAGGCCUGGCUGGCCUCAGCAACAAUCAUUCACUUUAAUCACUAUGUUAGCAUUAAUGGAAGCUGAAGUGGGGGGGAUCUGCAUAUGGCCGUCUCUACUAAGUAGCACCGCUGCAUUACUGUCUGGCUGACAAUCCACUGACCUCGUGUCAGUGUAUCAAACCAUUACAUGUUCAAUGUAGGUCAUGCCACUAAUGAUUUUAUGUAAAUCUGAGAUGAUGAUCCAAUUAGCAUGUUAGAGUUACAUUCCAUGUAAUGAAAAGGGUUAAUACUGUAUCUGGGCUUAAUCACACUACAAAUGCAGUCGAGUCAUCUUACCAUAUCCAUCAUUUUCAUACAAUUAGGCCUACAAUAGACUUUAUUAUGCCUGAUGAUAGGCCUACUUUGGACCUCUGUCUUUCUCCCCCUUUGUAUUAUUAAAUGUAAGAGAUUGAGUCCGCCCAUGUGCAGUGCUUUCCUCCAAUGAGCUGUUUGGCCUUAAGAGCUGCUCUGUCUGAGAGUGAGAGGAAAGAGAGUGCUCCCCCAGAGAGGUCCCUAAGGACACUGGCACAGGCUGUCUUUGAGGGUGUUGAUGAUCUGAUGAAGAUGUCUGGUACAGCCUGUCAGAUUCUCCGACACCUUAUCCUGGCACCUGCCGUGCAGCCCAGCAGAGGAGGUGCAAUUGUUUAGGGAGUGGUUCCUACCCCUGACAGGGGGUCUUCUGAACAUGACAGCAAGAGAUGUGCCUCACUCUUAUUUCUUUGAUAGGAUAGGGCUUCUCUUGGUUGUACUUCAGUUUUCACUGGGUUUAAGAAAAUAGCUGAAGGCAGUCACUGCAUCUCGUGGGGAAAAUUGUCCAAAAUCAAUAUUGUUACUGAAUAUCACAUCGAGCCACAAGGUUCGAUUUUGGGUUCGGUACUGUUCAGUUUAUAUAUGUAACCCCUUGGCAGCAUUAUCAGAAAGCACAGCAUAGAUAUUUACUGCUACGCAGACGAUACACAACUUUACAUUUCUGUGUCAACAGAGGAUUUUAGAAUGUAUUAGUGAUUUUAAAUACUUGGAUGGGUCACAACUUCCUCCGGUUAAAUCAAGACAAGACCGAGGUACUUAUUGUUGGAGCCAAAGCAUAUGUUGAGUCUUGACAUUGUUUGGAACAUGUGUAUCAAGUUUUGUUACAUUAUGAAUAUCUGUGUGAUUUAAACGCAUUUAUGUGCCAGACCACGACCAGGUGAUUGUUUAUUGGUCAGUAGAGGCCAUGUUCUGUGAGAGUAGAGGCCAUGUUCUGUGAGAGUAGAGGCCAUGUUCUUUGAGAAGCUAGCUUGGGAAAUAUUGAGUUGAGAGACCUUGGGCCAUAGACGCUAUAUAUAACGUUUUGUGCAGAUCAGUCAUUCGGUGCCAGAGGAUUAGUGUUUUAAGUGUUUUUCACAAAAUUCUAAAUGUCGUCCUUGAGGCAAAUCUGUUCCUUGUGAGUAGAGAGACCUAUGUACCAAAUUUCAUAACUCUAGAUCAAACAUGGUGAGGGGCGUGACCUUUCAAAGUUUGCACAAUCAAUUGCUUGUUGUAGCGCCACCAUCUGGCCAAUUGGCAUGGCAUUGCAUGAGAGGGUGUGGCAUUGCAUGAGAGGGUGUGGCCCAUGGGCCUUUACUAUCAUGAGAAUUUGCACCCUCCUAGGCCUUACCAUCUCACAGGAAUUUGUAUUUUCCACCAAAUCUGUGGAGAACUGGAAUAAUGAACAUCAACAAAUACAGAAGGGUGUCAACCAGCUUCGCUGCUUGGAACCCUAACUAAGUCUAAAUGAGUUUACCGGCCAAUAUGUGUGGAUUACUUACAUCUGUGAAUCACCCAGUUCCAAAGUCUCACUGAAGAAGAUGCCCUCACUUACAGUAUAAAUACAGUGCUUUCGGAAAGUAUUCAGACACCUUGACUUUUUCCACAUUUUGUUUUGUUACAGCCUUAUUCUAUAAUAUAUUAAAUGUUUUUUUCCCUCAAUCUACACACACUACCCCAUAAUGACAAAGCAAAAACAGGUUUUUAGAAUUUUUGUAAAUGCAUAAAAAAAAAAAAUGAAAUAUCACAUUUAUGUAAGUAUUCAGACACUUUACUCAGUACUUUGUUGAAGCACCUUUGGCAGCGAUUACAGCCUUGAGUCUUCUUGGGUAUGACGCUACAGGCUUGGCACACCUGUGUUUGGGGAGUUCCUCCCAUUCUUCUCUGCAGAUCCUCUCAAGCUCUAUCAGGUUGGAUGGGGAGCGUUGCUGCACAGCUAUUUUCAGGUCUCUCCAGAGAUGUUUGAUUGGGUUCAAGUCCGAGCUCUGGCUGGGCCACUCAAGGACAUUCAGAGACUUGUCCCGAAGCCACUCCUGCAUUGUCUUAGCUUUGUGCUUAGGGUCGUUGUCUUGUUGGAAGGUGAACAUUUGCCCCAGUCUGAAGGUUUUCAUCAAGGAUCUCUCUGUACGCUCCGUUCAUCUUUCCCUCGAUCCUGACUAGUCUCCCAGUCCCUGCCGCUGAAAACAUCCCCACAGCAUGAUGCUGCCACCACCAUGCUUCACCAUAGGGAUGGUGCCAGGUUUCCUCCAGACAUGACACUUUGCAUUCAGGCCAAAUAGUUCAAUCUUGGUUUCAUCAGACCAGAUAAUCUUGUUUCUCAUGGUCUGAGAGUCCUCUAGGUGCCUUUUGGCAAACUCCAAUCAGGCUGUCAUGUGCCUUUUACUGAGGAGUGGCGUCCGUCUGGCAACUCUACCAUAAAGACCUGACUGGUGGAGUGCUGCAGAGAUGGUUGUCCUUCUGGAAGGUUCUCCCAUCUCCACAGAGGAACUCUGGAGCUCUGUCAGAGUGACCAUCGGGUUCUUGGUCACCUCCCUUACCAAGGCCCUUCUCCCCCGAUUUGCUCAGUUUGGCCGGGCGGCCAGCUCUAGGAAGAGUCUUGGUGGUUCCAAACUUCUUCCAUUUAAGAAUGAUGGAGGUCACUGUGUUCUUGGGGACCUUCAAUGCAGAAAUGUUUUGGUACUCUUCCCCAGAUCUGUGCCUCGACACAAUCCUGUCUCGGAGUUCUAGGACAAUUCCUUCGACCUCAUGGCUUGGUUUCUGCUCUGACAUGCACGGCCAACUGUGGCACCUUAUAUAGACAGGUGUGUGCCUUUCCAAAUCAUGUCGAAUCAAUUGAAUUUACCACAGGUGGACUCCAAUCAAGUUGUAGAAACAUCUCAAGGAUGAGCAAUGUAAAUAAGUUAUUUAUUUUUAAUACAUUUGCUAAAAUUUCUAAAAACCUUUUUUCACUUUGUCAUUAUGGGGUAUUGUGUGUAGAUUGAUGAGGACAUUUUGUUUUAUUUAAUCAAUUUUAGAAUAAGGCUGUAACAUAACAAAAUGUGGAAAAAGUCAAGGGGUCUGAAUACUUUCCGAAUGUACUGUACUUUCUUUCUGCUCUUUGCAUUACUGAAGCAAUUUAUGAAAGGUUAUGAUGACAUACCACUUAAUCACAGCAUUUAGUUACUAUUUCUUCUGCUUUUAACACUCAAUUGCAAUUCAAAAAGCUAUUUAACUUCUGAAAAGAGGGCUUCAGGUAGCAUUUACCCUUUAUGUACAAUUUCAUGUAGCUUCUUCUUAUAUGUGCAGGUUUGUUCGUUGGGGUACUGUUCAUGUCUGACUAUUUUCUGUUUGUUUCCUGCAUGGGUUUCUAUGUGGUUUGUGUAUGUAAUGUCUAAACUGCAGUAAGAUUUUCCUUUUCUAGGACAAUAAAUGUCAAUCUAAUCUAAUAAUUUAUCUUGUGUAUCCACAGGGCCUGAACAACAUCAUCCACAUAGACUUUGACUACAAGAAGGAGUUCAUCUAUUGGAUAGACUCUUCCAGACCCAGCGGACGGAGGAUCAACAGAAUGAGACUCAAUGGGAGUGACCUUAAG